AUGGCUGAACGCAACGAAACAACUAUAAAUACGAAGAAAAGAAAACGCACAGGCAGAAUGAGUGAUGUAUUAAAGAAACUUCGACUUCAGAAUCACGAACUUGGUGAUGACUGCAAAUGUGAUCGUUUUAAAUGUUUUGAAAUGACAAGUAAGGACCAGAGGACAAGAAUAAUAAGUCAAUUUAAUAGUUUCGCCACCAGGAUGGACACAUGUUCGAUUUGCGAUGAAUUUCAAGCAGAGAAAAAACACUUUGAAAUUAAAAUUGCUUCUCUUUCUGAUGGUCAUGAAAAAUCUCAGAUUUUGUCUCAACUUAGAAAGCUGGAAAUUGAGAACCUAGCACAUAAAAAGAGAGCUGAAGUAUUUUAUGAUAAAAAGAGAAAAGCUCGUUUGAGGGCUAGGCAGGAUGCCACAACAAUCGCGAUAGCAAUGGAUUUCUCAAAAAAUCUUCCUGUGCCAAACAUAACUACCAACGACGUUUAUUAUAAAAGGCAGCUUAGUUACUUUAUGUUUAAUGUUCAUGUCCUUGCUGAUUCCUCAUCUUAUUUCUAUGCAUACGAUGAGAGUAUUGGAAAAAAAGGAUCGGACGAUGUGGCUUCUCAUCUCUUUCAUUUUAUAUGCCACGAAAUGGAUAAGCAGGGCAAGACUCUUACAAUUUUCUGUGACUCAUGUGGCGGUCAAAAUAAAAAUUACACCAUUUUUAGAAUGUUACACUACAUGGUUCACUGUUGCAAUCGCUUAGAAUCUGUCACAGUAAUAUUUCCGAUUAGGGGUCACUCCUAUAUGGAAUGCGACCGAAACAUGGCCUUUAUAAAUCAAAAGGCUAGGGCUGAACUCCCUGAACAAUGGGCUGAACACGUACGUGGAGCUCGACAGAGACCAAAACCUUUCAAUGUCAUUGAAUGUUCACAAGAUGCAUUUAAGGGCUGGACUGCAUUUCUAAAACCGUUUUACAAAAAAGCUUGUCCAUUUCCCAUAAGACCUGUACGUGAAUUCAGAGUCCAAAAAGAACAUCCACGGCUCAUGUUUCACAGGAAUUUUAGUAAUAGUCAAUGGGAAUCAAGUGUGGUUAACACACCAGCUUCUUUUCGAUAUACAAAGGUAGGUAUUCAUGAGGGGGAAUUUAAAUUACCUGAUUUAGCUUAUCAAGACAAGCUGACUAUAUCAACAGCGAAAUAUAACGACUUGCAGUUCCUGAAAAAGUUCUGUAGGCCUGAAGCAAAACGUUAUUACAAUGAACUUCGUCAUGCUGUAAAUAUAAAAGAACCAGAAGAUAACUAA